GAUUUGUACAUCAAAUGGAGGAGCCCAUCUUUCGAAGUUCAGGUUGGCCUGCAUGAGCUGCUGGGUCACGGCAGCGGGAAACUGUUUGUUCAGGACAAGAACGGCAAGUUCAACUUCGAGUCUAACCUGGUGAACCCUGAGACCGGCGAGACGAUUCGGAGUUGGUACAGCCACGGAGAGACCUGGGACAGCAAGUUCUCCACGGUUGCGUCCAGCUACGAGGAAUGUCGGGCGGAGUGUGUCGGCAUGUAUCUCUGCCUGAACAGAGAGGUCCUGAAGUAAGUCUCUGCUGAGCUGGUUCACC